CGCGGCGAUUCGAAUCGCGUCGCGCUCGAACGGCGUCGCGUCCUCGCGACGCGCGCGCGAUGACGCGCGAACGUCGCGCGCGCGCCGCGCGGUCGCGGGGCGCGCGCGCGCGCGAGACGAUGGCGGCGGUGACGCUCGGGACGUUUUUGGUGUUGGGACGCGCGGGCGCGUUUCGCGGCGCGAGCGCGCGGCGCGCGCCGCUACAGGCGAUGGACGCGGGCGCGGGAAGCGCGGGAGGGACGGCGUCGCGGCCGGCGCGGCGAUGGAUGACGCACCUGCUGCGCGAUCACCCGGAGAUGCGAUGCACGCAGAUUCCGAGCAAGCCGGUGAUCGUCGGCGGCGACGGCGGCGGCGCGGGAAAGCCGCUGAUGGAAUUCCUGAGGGAUUCGAACGCGGUGACGUUCGGACCGACGGAUAAGGAUGGGAACAGCGACGCGGAGCGGUUGAGCGGGUUGGAUGACAUGGUGGUGGACGUCAUGGCGUUUUCGAAGCGGUUGCUGUACGAACCGGAUGAUUUGCCGAUGGAUUUGCAAGCGGAUUUAGCGAAACAUUUGUGCGAUAUGUUUGCGAGACAGGAGAAGUGGUUGCACCCGGGAUUGACGAUGAAUGGGAUACAACACGAUCAAGAGGUCGGGCGGUGGGGAUGGAAGGAUCCGUUGGCGAUGUAUUUGGUGCCGAUUUGGAGAGACGUGUACGGGCCGUCGGUGACGUACGUGCACUUGGUGCGGGAUCCGCGGACGCUGCCGCUCGGGAAUUUGCACGACAAGGAGCGGGAUUUACAAAAGGCGUACUUUGGUCAAGAGCGAUGGGAGCAGUUGACGGCAAAAUUUGAAUCCGAGUGGGCGCAUCUCUCCCAGCACCAGUCGAUGACGAGCGUGAAGAAGGACGACGUGAUUGAUUUAUUGCGCACGACGGCGUACUGGACGUCCAUCAACUUUGAGCUCGGGGCGCUCAUCAAGGGCCCGCUCAAGAACUACGCCACGGUGCUCCGGGCGGAGGAUUUGGUGCAACCGGACAUGGAUCACUUCCGACGCGACGCCACCGGGAAAAAACCGGAAAAGUACCAAGCCGCGCAAAAAGUCAUGCAAGAGCUCACGACGCUCCUCAAGCUCCCGGCGAAACUUUCCAACACGCUGGGAAGCCACGAACACAUGAAGCAAAACCUCCGACGGUUCACGAUCCACCGCGAAAAGUUCGUCUACCGCACCGACUCCCCCAUCAUCGAAGUCCAAACCCGCAUCGCCGAGAAGACGUUGGAACUCUUCGGCUACUCCGCCGACGCCGCGCUCUUCGUCUCGCGGCACCCGUCGUCGAGCGAGCCCCACGGCCAUCGUCUCACCCCCGAGGGCGAGUACAUGCACGAGGAGCACAGGUAUACUCCCGACGAUUUCGAGCCCACGAUCGAACCCGCGUCGGAGGGCGAUCUUCCCGGCAUCACCAACCACGUCCUCGGCGCUCAGCUCAAGUACACCGACCGCGUCGAGCUCGAGCGCGCCAAGACGCGCGCGCCCGACACGGAGCAAUCUCGCGCCGUCGAGGCCCAGCUCAUGGAGGCUAAGAAGAAGACCUUUUUGCUCGAAACCACCAAAAUCGACGGCAAGUCUCUCAAGGACGUCAUCGACCAUCUGUGA